AGCGGGCGAGGGGCGGAGCUCCGAGGCCGGGGCCGCGGCGGCCGCCCAGAGGGGCUGCGGGGCUGCCGAGGCCGGCCCCGCGAGCGAGCGCCUCUCCGGGACCGGGACCUUGGCGCCGGGAGUGGGGCCCGCUCGCCGCCCCGAGCCCAGCCUCGAGCCCAUCGUCGUGAAGACCAGAGUCGAUGGGCCGGCGCUGCCCCUGGUGAGGGAGCCCAGGCCGAGGCGCCAGAAAGUAUCACAGGUGGUUUUUACAUGAUGUGGCUUCUAAAGACUCAAGAACCACCCACCUUACUACUCUGCAAUGGAGAAGCAGAAAUGGAAAUUCAAACGUCACAACUUCCAUUUUGUUAUUAGUCACCCUGUAGAUAUGUGCCCCCACUGCAGGGAGUGAACCGCACCAAGGGGGAAAGUUCCCAGGCCCUCAAACUACCAACCCUCUAGCCUCUUCUCUUGGAGAGCAAGUAGAACUAUGGCCUUUUAUAGUCGCUGUGUGAUCCUCUUGGCAUUUACUUGGUGCACUUCUGCCUAUGGGCCUGACCAGCGUGCCCAGAAGAAAGGGGACAUUAUCCUCGGGGGGCUCUUUCCUAUUCAUUUUGGAGUAGCAGCCAAAGAUCAAGAUCUAAAGUCAAGGCCAGAGUCCGUGGAAUGCAUCAGGUAUAAUUUCCGUGGGUUUCGCUGGUUACAAGCUAUGAUAUUUGCCAUAGAGGAAAUAAACAGCAGCCCAGCCCUUCUUCCCAACAUGACGCUGGGAUACAGGAUAUUUGAUACUUGCAACACCGUUUCUAAAGCCUUGGAGGCCACUCUGAGUUUUGUGGCACAGAACAAAAUUGAUUCUUUGAACCUUGACGAGUUCUGCAACUGCUCAGAGCACAUUCCCUCUACUAUUGCUGUUGUGGGAGCAACUGGCUCGGGCAUCUCUACGGCAGUGGCAAAUCUGCUGGGGCUCUUCUACAUUCCCCAGGUCAGCUAUGCCUCCUCCAGCAGGCUCCUCAGCAACAAGAAUCAGUUCAAGUCCUUCCUCCGUACCAUCCCCAACGAUGAACACCAGGCUACUGCCAUGGCAGACAUCAUUGAGUAUUUCCGCUGGAACUGGGUGGGCACAAUCGCAGCUGAUGAUGACUAUGGCCGGCCAGGGAUUGAGAAGUUCCGAGAGGAAGCUGAGGAGAGGGAUAUCUGCAUUGACUUCAGUGAACUCAUCUCCCAGUAUUCUGAUGAAGAGGAGAUCCAGCAAGUGGUGGAGGUGAUUCAGAAUUCCACAGCUAAAGUCAUAGUCGUUUUCUCUAGUGGCCCAGACCUUGAACCCCUCAUCAAGGAGAUCGUCCGGCGCAAUAUCACGGGCAGGAUCUGGCUGGCCAGCGAGGCCUGGGCCAGCUCAUCCUUGAUCGCCAUGCCAGAGUACUUCCAUGUGGUCGGAGGCACCAUUGGAUUUGCUUUGAAGGCUGGGCAGAUCCCAGGUUUCCGGGAAUUCCUGCAGAAAGUCCAUCCCAGGAAGUCUGUCCACAAUGGUUUUGCCAAGGAAUUUUGGGAAGAAACAUUCAACUGCCACCUCCAUGAAGGUGCUAAAGGACCUUUACCUGUGGCCACCUUCCUGAGAGGUCACGAAGAAGGUGGUGGCAGGAUAAGCAACAGCUCCACUGCCUUCCGACCUCUCUGUACAGGGGAAGAGAACAUCAGCAGUGUGGAGACUCCUUACAUGGAUUAUACACAUUUACGGAUAUCCUACAAUGUCUACCUAGCAGUCUACUCCAUUGCUCAUGCCCUGCAAGAUAUAUAUACCUGCUUGCCUGGCAAAGGGCUCUUCACCAAUGGUUCCUGUGCAGAUAUCAAGAAGGUUGAAGCUUGGCAGGUCCUGAAGCACCUACGGCACCUAAACUUUACCAACAAUAUGGGGGAGCGGGUGACUUUCGAUGAAUGUGGUGACUUGGUGGGGAACUAUUCCAUUAUCAACUGGCACCUCUCCCCAGAGGACGGCUCCAUAGUGUUUAAAGAAGUCGGAUAUUACAACGUUUAUGCCAAGAAAGGAGAAAGGCUCUUCAUCAAUGAGGAGAAAAUCCUGUGGAGUGGGUUCUCCAGGGAGGUGCCUUUCUCCAACUGCAGCCGAGACUGCCUGGCAGGGACCAGGAAAGGAAUCAUUGAAGGGGAGCCCACCUGCUGCUUUGAGUGUGUGGAGUGUCCUGAUGGGGAGUACAGUGAUGAGACAGAUGCAAGUGCCUGUGACAAGUGCCCCGAUGACUUCUGGUCAAAUGAGAACCACACUUCCUGCAUUGCCAAGGAGAUUGAGUUCCUGUCGUGGACAGAGCCCUUUGGGAUUGCACUCACCCUCUUUGCUGUGCUGGGCAUUUUUCUGACAGCCUUCGUGCUGGGUGUCUUCAUCAAGUUCCGCAACACGCCCAUCGUCAAGGCCACCAACCGAGAACUCUCCUACCUCCUCCUCUUCUCCCUGCUCUGCUGUUUCUCCAGCUCCCUGUUCUUCAUUGGAGAGCCCCAGGACUGGACGUGCCGCCUGCGCCAGCCAGCCUUUGGCAUCAGCUUUGUGCUCUGCAUCUCAUGCAUCCUGGUGAAAACCAACCGUGUCCUCCUAGUAUUUGAGGCCAAGAUCCCCACCAGCUUCCACCGCAAGUGGUGGGGGCUCAACCUGCAGUUCCUGCUGGUCUUCCUCUGCACCUUCAUGCAGAUUGUCAUCUGUGCGAUCUGGCUCUACACCGCCCCGCCCUCCAGCUACCGCAACCACGAGCUGGAGGACGAGAUCAUCUUCAUCACAUGCCAUGAGGGCUCGCUCAUGGCACUGGGCUUCCUGAUCGGCUACACCUGCCUGCUCGCUGCCAUCUGCUUCUUCUUUGCCUUCAAGUCCCGGAAGCUGCCAGAGAACUUCAAUGAAGCCAAGUUCAUCACCUUCAGCAUGCUCAUCUUCUUCAUCGUCUGGAUCUCCUUCAUUCCAGCCUAUGCCAGCACCUAUGGCAAGUUUGUCUCUGCCGUGGAGGUGAUCGCCAUCCUGGCAGCCAGCUUCGGCUUGCUGGCCUGCAUCUUCUUCAACAAGGUCUACAUCAUCCUCUUCAAGCCGUCCCGUAACACCAUCGAGGAGGUGCGCUGCAGCACUGCCGCUCACGCUUUCAAGGUGGCAGCCCGGGCCACACUGCGCCGCAGCAACGUCUCCCGCAAGCGGUCCAGCAGCCUCGGGGGCUCCACGGGAUCCACACCCCCGUCCUCCAUCAGCAGCAAGAGCAACAGCGAAGACCCUUUCCCACAGCCAGAGAGGCAGAAGCAGCCGCCACUGGCGCUGACCCAGCAGGAGCGGCAGCCGCGGCCACAGCAGCAAUCGCAGCAGCAGCCCCGCUGCAAGCAGAAGGUCAUCUUCGGCAGUGGCACUGUCACCUUCUCACUGAGCUUCGACGAGCCUCAGAAGAGUGCCAUGUCUCAUAGGAAUUCCACGCACCACAACUCCCUGGAGGCCCAGAAAAGCAACGAUACCCUGAGCCGACACCAGGCCUUACUCCCGCUGCAGUGCGGGGAGACACACUCAGCACUGAGCACCCAGGAGACGAGCCUGCAAGGGCGUGUGGGUGGAGGCUGCCAGCCAGAGUCCGAGGUCCCUGAAGAGGUGUCCCCAGCACUGGUGGUGUCCAGUUCACGGGGCUUUGUCAUCAGUGCCGGAGGCGGCACUGUCACGGAAAAUAUACUGCAUUCGUAAACUGGAAGGACACAGCCAGUCCAGGCAGGACUCAGAGAGGUUUCUGGGAUCACAUUCUCUGAACAGGCGUGAGGAGUCACUACUUGGAGGAAAGAAGCAGGACACGCCGCACGCCUCAAGCUUAGUUGCACUGUUUUAAAUGACAAUGAGAAGACUAACGUUCUCUCUAAAAUUAAAGAAAGAAGAGCAGCGUGCCCCUGUGGUUGGACUGUGGGAGUGCUGAGGACGCCAUAGUCACAUCUGCUGCUUGCCUCUCCCUCGGUUCUGUCCCACCAACAACCCAAAGAUGAAGCCAAGGCUUUAUGAGACCCAACUGCUCCCUCCUUUUUUUAACAUUGAAAUGCCUGCCCCGAACAUUGCAGACAGCCUGGCCGAGGGACAAAAGUGCACAAAAUGACAGGACACCAGAUUGGCCACCACUAGAAUUAAGUCUGAAAGACAAAAUGUCAGUAGCGCUUCCGGGCACCUUGGCAAUGAGAAGAACUUUAAAUGUUCAAAACCAGAAAGUGAAUGUGCCCCCAACCUAUUUAUGAAAACCAAAAGGUAUCUGGUCACCUACCUGCUGCUGCUAUCAUGUGACAUCUAGAAGGUUAGCAUCCCUCCUAUACCAAUACGUCUGGUUUUGUCCAGAAUGUAGCAGUAAUGCCAUGUUUAGAUUCCAGGAUCACAAGAAUCACCUCAAAUUGUUGGGAAGGGACUGCAUGAAUCCAAUGAGCUGUUAUCUGUAAUUAAUACUGUUAUUUGUAACUUUAUCCUUUAAAAAAUACUUCUGUUGUAAUAUCCCAUGGACAAUAUAAACUGAACAUUGU